AUGGUGAAGGUCAGAGUCAACGGAUUUGGCCGCAUUGGGCACCUGGUCACCACGGUGGCUUUCAACUCUGGAAAAAUGGACAUUGUUGCCAUCAGUGAUGCCUUCAUUGACCUGAACUACAUGGUCUACAUGUUCCAGUAUGAUUCCACCCACGGCAAGUUCAAUGGCACCGUCAAGGGUGAGAACAGGAAGAAAGUGGUGAUGCUGGCUUCUUAUGGUCCCCUAAAGGGCAUCCUGGGCUACACUGAGGACCAGGUUGUAUCCUGUAAAUUCAACAGUGGGGCUGGCGUUGCCCUCAAUGACCCCUGGCAUGACAAUGAAUUUGGCUACAGCAACAGUGAUGGGACUUGA